ACGUUCUGAUUUUAAAACGGAAAAACCAAAAAACGCCGCCGUUUGUUUGUCCGAUUUGGUUUUGAAACCGAAAAUAUAAAGAACGAACGAUACACGGAUUCGGGAGCCUUUCAGUUUUAAAGUAGAUUGUAAAACCUGAAGUACGUCGACGUCCCCCCUGACAUGGAUUAUGUGAUCACCCUACUAUACACAAAUAUUCAGGGAAGUGAACAUAAUUUCCCACGAAGCAUAAACAUGCCAAAAUCCCUACUCGACAACAUUAUACAACAUAACGGACAGGCGUCGUUUUUAUAUGACCACGUUGUUUACGAAUUAAGCCUCCGUGGGUAUGUCUACGCCUCUCUGUGCAUCUCCGUGGAAAACCCUGCGGGGGCUGAUUGUUGAAGGUGAACCGGGCAUAAACAUCUCUGAUGAUUCAGUACUCCACCGCCCCAGGCUGCAAAUGUGAAGAACCGGGGACUGUCCAGCUCAUGUGCCUUUGAAGCCUGUUAAAUCCACCUCCGCUUACUAACAAGUCAAAUGACCGUUCACAUGCAUUACAACAACAGUAGCUGUUUAUUCUCACAAACUGCGUCACUAACCAGCACCCUCCCACCCCGCCUCGCAAGCUUACCGCGUUUUAGUUUCCAUCGUUCCUCUUUUGUUUACAACAAGAAGCAAGCGAUAAACGACUGGUAUGUCAGGAUUCCAAUCAAAUGGAAAAGGAGUGAACUGCACUUGGGAAAAAAUGGAUUACCAUGCUGUGGCCUAAGGAUUUUAAAGGUUUCAUGAUUGGUGUGAUUGCCAUCCUUCUGCUUCUUAUCUGUAAUCUCUGCUAUUCGUGUAACCAGGCUGAGUAUGACAUAGGUGGUGAGUGCUGUCCUGUGUGUCCUCAAGGGGAUAGAGUUUAUAAACACUGUACAGGGCAGUCCAGCACUUCCUGUGUUCCAUGUGUUGGUUUGACUUACACAGAUGAGCCAAACGGUUUGACCAAAUGCAAACCAUGUACUGUCUGUGACCAGGGCCUUGGAUUGAAAACAGUGAGGACAUGUACAUCAUCUUCAGAUACAGUGUGUGGGGUCCUGGAAGGACACUAUUGUAUUAAUCCUUAUAAGGGAGGGUGCAGGGCAGCCAAUAAACACACAGCCUGCAAACCUGGACAGUUCAUCAAACAGCCUGGAGCAGAAUAUAUCGAUACCGACUGUGAGGACUGCAGUGAUAAUUCAUACUCUAAUGGCUCUUUUACAUCCUGCAAAUCUCACACAGACUGUGAAUCCAAAGGACUUCUAGCAGAGCUGGGCAGCGACCCUGGGACACAGACCCCCCUGGGCCUGUUCACCGGCAAGGUGGAGCCGGUCCGGACUGCAGGACCUGAGGGCCUCAGAGGGUGCUGA